AUGAAUAACCAUGUGAUAUCUUGUUAUAUUAUAAUAAAUUCAUUAAUAAUUUUAUUGAUUGUAAAACGUGUUGAUCAAGUUGAAAGUAUUACGACAAUAAUAAUAAGUACAACUGAGAUAGAAUUUGAAAAUGAAAAAGAAGAUAAUAUUGAAAUAGGUCCGAUACCAACUACGGAAGAAAUUAUGCAACAUAAUAUAAGUAUAGUUGAUAUACCGGACGUUGACGAUGUUAGCUCGUCUCCUGAAGCAAACUGGGACGCGAAGGAAGUUAUAAAGGACGUGGCAUACUUCAUUCGAGCUCAUAAGUUUAAGGAUUACGAUCGACGAUAUUACAAGAGCAUCGAGGAAGUUCGUAGUCAUUUGUAUGAGGAAUUUCCGAAUCCAACAUUGAGAUCUGUACACUGGGAGGUACGCAAAUACUGCGAUGCGAGCUUUGUCGAGUGCUUGAAAUAUCUCGGAAGGAUCAUUAAGCUCACUGGCCUGAGGCGCAAAGACGACACCGUCACGGUCAUGAAAGAACAGAAGUGGAGUCUAGCAAACAAUACCGAGCAGAUUUUAGCCGUUCAAAGAGACUGUGUGGAGACCCAGAGGCACGACAAUCAAACCAUGCAUCCCUUUCAAGGCCCAAUCGAACGUUUUCAAUGGCGUAGCAGCGUCAGUUAUUAUAUGUGUUGGUACACGAUGAUGGGUGUUCAAGAACUAGCCAACUUUGGUGAAUCCUGCGACAAUUUCGCCAACUGUCUCGACGAAUACGGUCCAAAUAAUAAGGAUCCAAGAGCCGACGAUGCAAAACCUUUCGCUUGUGCACUCUACAGCUUCUGUCCAGAUCACUGUUGUCCCAUGAAACACAUCUGGCACAUGAAAGAUUGUUUCCAGUCGAUGCAGAAUCCUUGCUAUGCCGUGAACCUUCUAGAAGGCCGAGAGUGCUGGUUGGAUCGUGAAAAGAAUCGAGAUUUCUUUUCUCUUAGAACGAAUCGAAUAAACGUGAGCUGCGAGUGUCCGGAAACUGGUUACGAGUGGUCUUCGAGGUUCGGUCUAUGCGUCGACGUAAACGAGUGCACCCGUGGGAUGCACAAUUGCACGUACGAGGACGGCGAGAGCUGCAUUAAUCUGCCCGGUCAUUUCGACUGCAUCUGCCGUUACGGUUACGUGUACAGCUUGAACAAGGCCCGAUGCGUUCUGAGCAUACCGAUCAAAAAUGCAUUAAGAGUUGAAACGAUCGAACCGAAUGUCACGAAGAUGAAUGAUAAUCUAUUGGAUACUUAUAUCAAAUAA